AUGUACUCCAAACUUUAUGAAAAUUUAGAAAACGACAAGCUAAAUAUAUUAGAAGAUUAUGGUUAUGUUCGUGGCGUUGAAUAUGAAGAAGAAGAAGAAUUUUAUUCAUUAGAUGAUGAAAAUACUAGUGGUCAGACAAAAUUCAAUUUUGAAACUGGGAUGAAAGACGUCGAUAAGCUACAACCUAUCUCUCAAAUUUAUUAUCUUAGAAGAGUACUCACAAUUCGUCAAAGCUCUUGUUAUCGUUCAGAACCACGUGCCAGUGAUACUUUCUUUAAUAUAUGUACCCAUGCAGGUUGUCAACAAGUAUUCGUCCAACAGAAAACUUUUAUCAAGCACAUUGGUUUAGAUCACACCUUGAUUGUUCCAACUGAGGAACAAAAAGUAGAAUUGGUUAAAGCUCAAGGUUUUGAAUUUGCAAAUGAUUUUCAUAAAUUAAAUGUUAAAUCAAAAGUGAAAGGUUCUCCAGCAAUAUUAUUUUUAGAUACUGAAACUACAGGCCUCUCCGUAGCAACUGAUGAAAUCAUUGAAAUCUCAAUUAUCGAUUUAUAUGAUGGUAGCCACUUUUAUAAACUCAUCAAUCCAACAACAACCGUUUCAAGUAAUGAGUAUCGGUGUGAUAUGGAACCAUCGCUUAUUGAAUAUCUUUCAAAAUAUCAAGAAUCAGGUGCUUACAUCAUUGCUCAUAAUGAAAAGUUUGAUAGAGGAAUUUUAUUAAAAGCUGGUGAUGAUACUCAAGAUGGUGAUACAGAUAAAGGUACAAGUGCAUUGGAAUCGGUCAUUAAUGGUUUUAGUGCAAUUAGUCUCAAGAAAAUAUUUGGUGAGGAUAUCAAAAAGAAUUUAGAGAAGAAUGUUGAAGGUAAAAUGAAGAAAGCGGAAUAUGUUAAAGUUAUCUCAGAUUAUUUAAAAGAUAAUAGAUCCCAAGUUACAACUGUGGUUAACAAACUAAAAGAAGAUAAUCGAAUAGUUAAGAAAAAUAGAAAUGAAAAGAAAUUGGAAAAUAAGACCAAGGAAUAA